AUGGAGACAGUGGAGACCAGCAGCCAGCUCGCUGAGCUGCGCAAGCUCAUGAGAGAGCGCAACAUCGACAUAUAUGUCGUGCCGUCAGAAGACAGUCACUCCUCUGAGUACAUCGCGCCAUGCGACGCUAGGAGAGAAUUCAUCUGUGGCUUCAACGGCUCAGCAGGCUGCGCAGUCAUCACCCAGGAGAAGGCGGCCCUGGCGACGGAUGGCAGAUACUUCAACCAGGCGUCCAAGCAGCUGGACAACAACUGGACUCUCCUCAAGCAGGGCCUACAAGGCGUACCCACCUGGCAGGAAUGGGCCGCAGAUGAGUCUGCGGGCGGCAAGACUGUCGGCGUGGACCCAACCCUGAUCACAAGCCAGACUGCCGAGAAGUUCAUCGCAGACAUCGAAACGAAGGGGGGCUCGGACCUCGUCGCCGUCAACGAAAAUCUGGUAGAUAUUGUCUGGGGACAGGCCAAACCAAGCCGCCCAAACGAGCCAGUCAAGCUACUUCCUCAAAAGUACGCUGGUAAGGACACCAAGGAGAAGCUUGUGGGCUUGCGGAAGGAGCUGGCCAAGAAGAAUCUUGCUUGUUUCGUUGUCUCAAUGCUCGAUGAGAUCGCCUGGCUUUUCAACCUACGCGGAAAUGAUAUACCGUACAACCCUGUCUUCUUCUCCUAUGCCGUCAUUACUGCCGAGGAUGCGACUCUCUAUGUCGACUCAACGAAACUUGCCGAGGGGUGCGACAGUUAUCUGGCCGAGAGCGGCGUCACGGUGAAGCCCUACAGCAGCCUCUUCGAUGACGCCAAGGCCCUCAGCGAGACCCUGGCGGUAGGCGAUGACGCGACGAAUGGAACAAAGCCAGCGAAGCGAUAUGGGAUCUCUACCAAGGGGUCGUGGGCACUUAAACUAGCGCUAGGCGAUGAAUCCGUUGAGGAAAUUCGAUCGCCAGUUGGUGAUUUCAAGGCACAGAAGAAUGAGACCGAGUUAGAGGGCAUGCGUCAGUGCCAUAUUAGAGACGGCGCCGCAUUGACAGCUUACUUCGCCUGGCUGGAGGACCAGCUGGUCAAUAAGAAGGCCGUCGUCGACGAGGUGACCGCGGCUGAUAAACUUGAGGAGCUGCGAUCGAAGCACGAGAAUUUUGUUGGCCUUUCGUUCCCGACGAUAUCAUCUACAGGUGCCAAUGCUGCUGUCAUUCACUACAUCCCGGAGAAAGGGAGCUGUUCCAUCAUCGACCCGAAUAAGAUCUACCUUUGCGACUCAGGGGCACAGUUUCUUGAUGGCACGACAGACACCACGCGGACUCUGCAUUUCGGAACGCCUACAGAGAAAGAGAUACUAACGAACACUCUGGUGCUCAAGGGCAACAUAGCCCUGGAUCGUGCUGUCUUUCCCAAGGGUACUACUGGCUUUGCGAUAGACUGCUUAGCUCGCCAGUUCCUCUGGAAUGAGGGCCUAGACUACCGUCACGGCACAGGCCACGGUGUCGGGUCAUACCUGAACGUGCACGAGGGCCCUAUUGGCAUUGGGACGAGAAAGAUCUAUGCCGACGUGUACAUAUCAGCGGGAAACGUCUUAUCGAUCGAGCCAGGAUACUACGAGGACGGAGAAUUUGGCAUCCGUAUCGAGAACAUCGCGAUCGUGAAGGAGGUCGAGACCGCCUUCCAGCUUGGCGACAGGCCUUUCCUCGGUUUCGAGCACGUCACGAUGACGCCCUACUGCAGGAAGUUGAUCGACACCAAUCUCCUGACCCAGAGCGAGAAAGACUGGCUGAAUGACUACCACAUGGAAAUAUAUGCAAAGACGAAGGACUUUUUCAAGGAUGACGAGUUCACGUUGGCGUGGCUGAAGAGGGAGACCGCACCCAUGUGAACGAGCCCAGACCACACGAGUCACAAGGCCAUCGGCAUGAUGGACGACAAAUGGGAACACCGUUUUGGAUUGAAAUAUUUAGAAGCGUGGAUGGUCCGAAUUUUAUGGUAUAGGAUAUUUCCGUCUAGAAUUGCAUGAAGGCCGCCAGCGCAAACGUCGUUCC